UUGGAAUGAACAAACAACUCUAUCCACAUGCUCUUACCUCCCCCUAUAAAUUGAAUUUCUGUAUUCAAGAAAUUUGUUCAGCCAUCCAUGGAGGUGAUUUCAGGUAUGGAUUUCUUCAAGAAAGCCAAAUCCGUGAGGCUAAAGAGCCACCACGGCAAGUACCUAACCGCCGCCGCCGACGGCGAAUCCCUCGUCCAGGACCGUUCCAGCUCCUCCAACUCCGGCGAGUGGACCGUAGAAAUCACGGAAGGGCCCAAAAACGCCGUACGUUUGAAGAGCUGCUACGGCAAAUACCUUACAGCCCUGGACGAGGAGUAUCUCCUCGGAGUAACCGGCAGAAAAGUCGUCCUAACCCUACCCGCUAACCUUGAUUCCUCCGUCGAGUGGGAGCCGAUCCGAGACGGUAUGCGGGUCAAGCUCAAAACCCGGUACGGCAACUACCUCCGUGCUAACGGGGGCUUGCCCCCGUGGCGAAACUCCGUCACCCACGACAUCCCGCAUCUCCACCACGACUGGAUUUUCUGGGAAGUCGAGCUUGUCGAUUCCGAUAAUAAUAAUUCCCCCCCGAAAGUCUCCCGAUCCGAUUCCGAGUUUUCUAGUAAUUCUUCGAUUGAGGAUUCGCCUAGGAGGUACGAAGGUCGGGUUAUAUAUUAUUCGGUGGCGGAUGACGAAGGAAAUGUGGAUGGUGCCGUUGACGAGUGGCCUUCCUUUCAGUUAAAAGGGCAUGGAUUGGAAGAACUGACUCGGAAAUUGGAGGACGAAACGAAGCUUGAAGAUAUAAUCGUGUGUUCUCGUAGUAAUAGUGGAGAUGGGAGGCUUUAUCCUCUGCGGUUGGCUCUACCUCCUAACGGUGCUACUAUGCACGUCGUCGUUAUUCCGUCAACAUCUAGAGUUGCAAAUGACUUCAUGCCGGCGGCUCCAACUUGUAAAUCGGAUCCUUAAGCUUACGGGUCGGGUUUUUAGUCCUUCGGGUGUACUAUCAUUCUACAUUAAGGGAGUUGAUAAGAGUGUAAAAUAGUACUCUCUCCAUGUAUGUAUGUAUGUAUGUAUGUUUUUGAACGAGUGUAAAACAGUAUUUAGUUUUAAGCCUCGUCCGGAUACAUAUACGGAUACAUAUAUGGGAUCAGUUUGGAAAGUAAGACGUUCAUUGGAUGCGAUUUUGUAUUAAAAAUGUUAAAUUCUGGUAUUA